CCAGCUGCCGUAUUGGAAACAUAAUUUAUUGCGUCACAAUUUAGAUGUGAUGCAUAUAGAGAAGAACGUGUGUGAUAAUCUGAUCAGUACUUUAUUGAAUCUUGAGACGAAAACAAAAGACAACUUACAAGCUCGGCAGGAUCUAGUUGAUAUGAAUAUCAGAAGCGAAUUGCAUCCUCAAGCUCUAGGCAAUGGAAAAAACAGAUUGAAGAAGAAGUCAUUGAGGAAACUGGAUAUGAUGGAUUUACUACCUAUGUUGACAAUAAUGGGAGAAGAUUCAGAAGGAGAGGACCAACAGUCCUAGCUGAUUUAUGGAACAUGAAUCCAAAUGAAAAAAUUGAUGUUGAGGUGAAUAAACAUGGAACUCCAUGUGGUCCAGAAUCUGGUUUAUUUGCAUCUUUCCUUGGAGUUGUAGCUAGAAAUGGACUGUUUACACCCUUGGAACUUAAUUGGAGAAAGGCUGAGUUUCGUCCUUAUAAAGCAAAGAUACUGGAUCUUGUUCAGACGAAGUUUCGAUAUCUAGCUGCUACCACCAAAUGGAUUUUGUCAACUGUGAAUAGAAGGUGGAGUGACUACAAGACGAAACUGAAAAGUAAAUAUUAUGAUCCUGAGCUGUCUAUUGAAGAAAUUCUUGCAAUACCGAAGCCUGAAGGCGUUAUUGAUACCCAUUGGCUGACUUUGGUUAACCGAUGGUAUACUGAAGAGUUUCAGAGACUGAGUAGGAUAAACGCUGAAAAUGCUAGCAACAUGAAGACUCCACAUACAUGUGGAAGGAUGAGCAUUGCAAGGUGGAAGGCUAUAAAAACUAUGGAAACCGGAAAGGAACCUGAUAGGUUGGAAACAUUUGAGAAUACUCAUACAAGAAAGAACGGGACCUAUGUGAAUGGGUAUACAGCAACCCUAAUUGAGAAGGCCCAUACUCUUCGACAAGAAGGUUCUUUUGAUAAUGAACAGAUCUUUCAGAAGGUACAUGGGCCAGAGCAUCCUGGGAGGGUUCGUUGUGCUGGUUUGGGACCAACGCCCUCGACUUAUUUGGGGCCUUCUUCUUCGUCAGCUUCAAUAAAUUCUACCACGACAUCAAACUCUAAUGAGGUAGACGCCCUACAAAGUGAAGUAAUUGAACUGAGAAAUGAACUGAUGGAAGCAAAAAGUGAGGUAGUUGAACUGAGAAGUGGGAUGGAUCAGCUGCAAAUGGAAGUAGACACACUGAAGACACUGUUCUUGCAACAUCUUCGUAGGGAGAAGGGGCCAAUGGAGAGUUCGUUUCGUGCGCCAUCUUCAUCAAGCCAAAGUACUACACGGGUAUGACAAAAGCUCCAUGAAGAUACAGAAAGUCCCCUCUAACUACAACAGAUGCACCAAGAUAAAGAUGAGCUGUUGGUGAUUCAGAAGAAAGUCAAAGUUCAAUAUUAUGGAUUUAGUUGGAACUUUAUCUUUGUUAAAGUGUACUUUGGUAGUAAUGUGUAGUAAUAUUGUGUACUUUGGAAGUUAGCAUUGUGUGGCAUGGAUAUGGGGAAUGUAGACUUUGAAGGUACUUUGCAGGGGUUCUAGAAAUUUAUGAAAAAAUUGAAAUGUUUUA